AUGUCGUCAGAUCGCCCCUGGUCUCUAAAGACCCUUCCUUUGAGGGACGCCUCUGGUGCAGGACUUCUCUCUGCAGACAGUUAUCCCCAAACUCCAUCAACCCCAAAAAGUUUAACUCCUCUUGCAUCGAAAGUUACAAGUGUCUUGUCGACGACACACUCCGAUACUGAGUUCAGGGAUGCUCUCUCUCUUCUUGAUCAACGAGGAAUUCAAAAUGAUGCCGAAACUCGCCGACGAGUACGGCUGGACCUGCAAAAAGAAGUUAUCGACAGCAACGGAGAAGUCAUCGCUGAGUUUGGUCGUGUCGCUGAGCAACUCCGACGCAUCAAGACAACCAUCGACAAGCUAAACAGCGGCUAUGAGGGCAUGAAAAGCCAGGUUGUUGCAGCUCACGAGCAAACGACGCCAGCACUCUCCGAAGCAUCAUCACUUCUCGAGCAAAGGAGACAGGUCGAGGUCAAGCAGGACCUUCUAGGCGCUUUCAGGAAGCAUUUCAUCAUGUCUGAGAGUGAGAUCGCGGCUUUAACCAUGACAGCCGAACCGGUCGAUGACCGUUUCUUUGAAGCAUUGGGUAAAGCGAAGAAGAUUAGCAAAGACUGUGAGAUCUUGCUUGGCUUCGAAAAACAAACUUUGGGGUUGGAGUUGAUGGAGCAAACGUCAAAGAACAUCAACCUUGGCUUCCAGAAACUUUACAAGUGGAUACAACGAGAGUUCAGGACGCUGAACCUUGAAAACCCACAGAUGAACUCGUCGAUUCGACGGGCCCUCAGGGUGCUUGCUGAAAGGCCUUCUCUAUUCCAGAACUGCCUGGAUUUCUUCUCCGAAGCACGAGAACGAAUCCUUUCCGACUCAUUCUAUGUCGCCCUGACUGGAAGCUCCCCGUCAGGGACUGAGGAUCCUUCAGUCAAGCCCAUCGAUAUGACUGCACAUGACCCUCUGCGGUACGUGGGUGACAUGCUGGCCUGGAUCCAUUCAGCAACGGUCAGCGAGCGUGAGGCACUGGAGGUAUUGUUCGUCGCCGAGGGUGAGGAGCUUGCAAAGGGAUUGAAAUCCGGUCGAGAUGCUGAAAUUUGGCGCCUUAUCGCGGAAGAUGACGAGGUUGAGGCUGACUUCAACGCUUUGAAGGCGUUGAAUGAUUUGGUGGACCGCGACAUUUCUGGCGCAGCUCGUGUGCUUCGCCAACGGAUGGAACAAGUGAUCCAAUCGAACGAAGAGACAAUCCCAGCCUACAAGCUCGCGAAUCUCAUCAACUUCUACCGCAUCACAUUCCAGAAGACUCUUGGUCCAAAUACCAACUUGGUGGAGCUGGUCGAGGGUCUUGAGACGGAGGCUCUUCGCCAGUUCCGGGCAUUGGUUAGGGAUCACAUUGCCACUUUGCAGGGAGAGUUUCAGCAUGCUCCUUCAGACCUUGGGCCCCCUGCUUUCCUACAAGACUCAUUGAAGCAACUCAAGGCUAUCAGCAAGACCUAUGACUCUUCUCUGUCUGCUUCGGAGGAUCGCGAGAGCGAGUUUGAGAAUGUGUUGGCGGAAGCUUUUGAGCCUUUUAUGGCAGGGUGUGAGAAUAUUGCCAAGGUUAUGAAGGAUCAAAAAGGUGCCAUCUUUCUCAUCAACUGCAUAUCAUCUGCAACAGCAUGUUUAGAGCCGUUCGAGUUCACCCGACGAAGGACCCAACAGCUUCAGGACAAAUCAGAGGAGGAGGCCAAAAAACUAGUCGUCAGCCAGUACAACUUCUUCCGAAAAGGGUCCGGCCUUGACCCUAUCUUCUCAUUUCUAGAAGAGAACAAGGACAAAGAUGCUGGUCCGCUGGACGAGAAACUACUUGGCCAGGCGAGCCAAACCCUGGAUGACUUCCUACCAUCCGCGCUCAUGGAUGCUAUGGAGAACCUGAAGCACCUUCAGGACUCGAAACUGGCUCGACAAGUCACUGAGGAGGCUGCAGAACAAUUCUGUAACGACUUCGAGGAGCUUGAAGAAGUGAUUCUGGAGGAAGACGAGGACUCUGCGGAUUCGGAUGACGAUGAGGAAGAGGGGCGGCUUCGAUCCGUAUUUCCCAGAACCACAGCCGAGAUACGUGUAUUAUUGUCAUAA